GAGGGCGGACCGCAUGCGCGGCGGCCGCAACAAGUUUGGCCCCAUGUACAAGCGCGACCGGGCCCUCAAGCAGCAGAAGAAAGCGAUGAUCCGCGCCAACGGCCUGAAGAUCGAGUCCAUGACCCAGGUGAUGCAGGCGGUGCCCACCGACCUCACCAUCUCCUCGGCCAUCCAGAACAUCCACCAGGCCGCCUCCAAGGGCCUGCUGCUCAGCCACCACGGCCACCCGCACCACGCCGCCCUGCCCCACACAGACUACGAUCGCAGCCCCUUCGUCACGUCUCCCAUCAGCAUGGCCAUGCCCCCCCACACUGGUUCCCUCCAGGGCUACCAGGCGGCCUACGGCCACUUCCAGAGCAGCCGCACCAUCAAGUCAGAGUACCCGGACCCGUACACCAGCUCGCCCGAGUCCAUCAUGGGUUACAACCCGUACAUGGACGUGUACCAGACGGGCUCGCCGCCCAGCUUCCCGCACCUCAUCGUGGAGCUGCUGAAGUGCGAGCCUGACGAGCCUCAGGUUCAGACCAAGAUCCUGGCCUACCUGCAGCAGGAGCAGGCCAGCCGGGGGAAACACGACAAACUCAACACGUUCGGCCUAAUGUGCAAGAUGGCCGACCAGACGCUGUUCUCCAUCGUGGAGUGGGCCCGGAGCAGCAUCUUCUUCCGCGAGCUCAAGGUGGACGACCAAAUGAAGCUCCUCCAGAACUGUUGGAGCGAGCUCCUCAUCCUCGACCACAUUUUCCGUCAGGUGAUGCAUGCCAAAGAGGGCUCCAUCCUAUUGGUCACCGGCCAACAGGUAAGUCACCUGACUCCCCAAAACCCCGCCUGCCCGGGCCCCUCCCCUUCUCCCCACACCCUCCCCCUAGACCUCAUCAGACACUCAGCACGUGCACAUCAACACCCUUUAAAACGCUAUCGACCACACCGGCUCCCCGCGCAGUCACCGCUCCAUUAAAAAUAGAUUACGCUU